AUUUUAAGGCACACGCGCAAUGAACAGUCCAAACACUCCAUCCACCAAGGCAUCACGGCAGUCGCAGUGGCUGUCGAUGACGGCCGCUCUCGCCCCGCGAUAUACCUUUCAUCCGAUCGAGACGGGAGGGGUCGUCGUUCGCGUGCCCGUGGCGAGGGAUCCAUGCUAUUUGACCGCGUUGGUUGUCUUGGGCGGCGCGACCGGAUACGCGGUCUACGUUUUGGAAGCCGUGGUGCUGGAUAGCAGCUCCGCCAAAGUGAUCCCGCUCGUGUUUGGUCUCGUCAUUGCGUCGUUUGUGCUGACAACGGCCGCAUGGACGGUGUUUGGGUGCGAGAUAUACACGUUUGCCACGACCAAAACCAUCACGUACGAAUGGCGAACGCUAUGUCUACGACGGUCGCGGACAUUUCAAGUCGACCUGAUGAAGCCGUUCCAAGUCGUCGCGCCAACCAGCAGCUCUCAAAUCACACGACCGACCGUCGGCUUCCUCUACGACGGGGAAAUGGUUCGACUUGGAUUUGCCCUCACGCGUCGUGAAGCGACGGACUUUCUGCAAGACAUUGCGUCGUUCGUGCCAGAGGCGAUCCAGCCAUUCCAAAUAUCGCCGAGGAUGAUCCAAAGCCAGAUCACAGCGAUGGAAGAGCAGCUCGCGAGGCGCACAUCGGUCCUCCCGACGAGACCGGACGGUCCCAUCGACGUCCACGUGACCGAAGAGGUAGCAGCCAUGGACGAACUGCAGUGAUUAAGAGUAAGCCUGCACCACCGACUGACAUGUUUUCUGCAGUUGCCCAUGGCUUGGAGCAGAUAUAAAUCGACGCAAACUGCGGUGGCCAUUCGAUCCAACGGCAUGGAGGACUCAUGACUUCGAGAAAGACAAGGCACUGUGGUAAAAGGCAACUGCGUGUUAAGUGUUGUACGUUCAUGGCGAUGCCCGAACAAAACUGCGCAUCAUGA